GCACCGAGUCUCCCUCCCGGCGGCAGGAAGAGCCGGGGCGGGCGCGGGCGCAGGCGCAGGCCGGGACCCAGGAAGCGCCGGAGCAGAGAGUGCGCAGGACGGAGCCCCAGAGAGAGAGCGGGGGGGUAAGAGGAUCUGAACAGGAUACACAUUAAACAUGGAAGAAGAAGACGACGACUAUAUGUCUGAUUCUUUUAUUAAUGUGCAACAGGAUGUCAGGCCAGGAUUGCCAAUGGUGAGGCAUGUGAAAGAAGCUAUUCAAAAAGAAGAAAAGCAGAGAGAAGCUAACCAGAAAAAUAGACAAAAGAGCCUAAAAGAAGAGGAAAGAGAGAGACGUGACACUGUGUUGAAAAGUGCUUUAGGAAAUGAAAACAAAGGCUUUGCUAUGCUCCAAAAGAUGGGGUACAAAAGUGGGCAGGCCCUUGGCAAGAGUGGAGAAGGCAUUGUUGAGCCUAUUCCUCUGAACAUUAAAACAGGCAGAAGUGGGCUUGGUCAUGAAGAAUUACAAAAGCGGAAAGCAGAAGAAAGGCUAGAAAACUACAGAAAAAAGAUUCAUAUGAAAAAACAAGCCGAUGAAGAGGCUGCAGAUCAGUUUAGAAUGAGAUUCAAAAGCAAACAAGAAGAACGUAAGAUAGAAGGGGACCUUAGAAAAAGCCAGCGGGCCUGUCAGCAGUUAGACACACAAAAGGAUAUUAAGGUUCCCAAGGAGAUUUGGUACUGGACAGAACCUGAGCAAGAAGAAAAAGAUCAAGAGGAGGAAGAAAAGGAUGAAUACAAAUGUUCAGACUUAAGUGUAAUAGAGAAGUUACAAAUCCUGACUGCCUAUUUAAGAGAAGAGCAUCUUUAUUGUAUCUGGUGUGGAACAGCCUAUGAGGGUAAGAGUUAAAUCCAUCUUAGAUACAAUUUUCCUUUAGUUAUGUAUUUGGAGCCAUAUCCUGCAAUUCUUAUUUAUUCAUUCUUUACCCCAGCAAAACUCCCAUAGAGGCCAGUGCCACUAAUGAUAUCCGUGAAAGUAACUUUUGUAUAUAUUGGUUGAAUUCAGUCAUUUCUCUUCUCUUGGGUUCCAGGACUAGUGAAUGGUCAAUAAUGGGCUCUGAAUCAAUAUUUUGUGGCCAAAUUGGUAACAUUUUCCUCUGAGACAUCUCUCAUCAGUCCCACCUGAGCACCACUUUUCUAUUUUAUAAGUUUAUAAGAACUACAGCCCCAUUUGGAAUUAACUUAAUCUGUUUGUACUGUUUCUCCAUUGUUAGAUGAGCUCAUCACUUUUCUUCUGACUCCCCACCCCUCUCUUUUUUUAAAUAAGAUUUGGAAGAUUAUAGAUCUUUUUUUCACAUACCUGAAUUAUUAACCUUAUUUUCCUUUAUACUGUAGAGGCUGCAGAUUUAUCUUCAAACUGCCCUGGAGAUAGUUCAGCAGAUCAUGACUAAAAUCUUUAUACUAAAAGGAACCCUGGAAAAAUGUUGAUUCACAGCAGUAUUUUAAAAUAUCUCCAUGGGACAUCAAGAAUUCACACAAGUAUGCAGGUGGAAAGACAUAUUGAAAAGUUCAGAGCACACACGUUUGAAAGCACAGAAGCAUUUGUAGAUUUUGGAUUUUUUUUUAAAGUGAAGCUAGUCAUUGAACUCACUAUUUAAUAGGAAUUACAAAUAUGUACUUAAUGCAAAAUAAUUUAGGUUGAGGCAGGAGUUUUGCAGGUUUCUACCAAACUAAAAACUAGUUGGUACUAUCUCUGCAAUUCCAGUCUUGCACCUCAGAGGACAGGCAGCUAACUGCACCAAAUUGUUAUGGUUUAUUAUUUCUGUACACCUCCAAUUGGAGGUACCUAGGUUCAGACUGCUAAAUUGGUGUGUGAACGGAUGGAGAUUUGAAAUGGACAGUACUUGACUUUGUAACCAACAUUUUAAAGGCUUCCUUGGAGAAAAAAAAACACUGCCCUUCCUUUCCCACAUAACAAAGCAUGGAAUAGAAGAUAAUCAGUUGGAAGUGAAUAUUGGUUAAGUCUUUAUAGUACACAGUGUUAGACAAGUCAUUUAAUAUGCGUCCUCCAUGAGGAUGUCUGAUGUGAAUCUUAAGUUUAUUUUGUCAGCAUAAUCAGCCAGACAUGUGAAUGCUGAUGGUUGAAAAUGGUCUGACCUUGCAUCAAUCACUAUUGCUUAAUGUAAAUGUGGGUGUUUGCAUAGAAACUCUAAAUUUCAUCAAUUUAGUGGGUAUUUUUAAAGUGUUCAUAAUUAAACAGCUUUUUGCAACUA